AACCCAACAUUCUGAUUACAGAAAAUGGGAUGGGAAAACCUGACUGACGUCUCGGAAUUUUUCCUCCUGGGGCUCUCCGAACAGCCAGAGCAGCAAGAGGUCCUCUUUGGGCUGUUCCUAUCCGUGUACCUGGUCACGGUGGUGGGCAACCUCCUCAUCAUUCUAGCCAUCAUCACUGAUGCUCACCUCCACACCCCCAUGUACUUCUUCCUGGCCAACCUCUCCCUUGCUGACACCUGCUUUGUGUCUACCACGGUCCCCAAGAUGCUGGCAAACAUAUGGACCCAGAAUCAGGUCAUCUCGUAUGCAGGGUGUCUAUCACAACUGUAUUUUUUCAUGCUGUUUGUGAUGCUGGAGGCAUUCCUCUUGGCCGUCAUGGCCUACGACCGCUAUGUGGCCAUAUGCCACCCACUCCAUUACAUCAUGGUCAUGAGCCCUGAGCUCUGUGUCCUCCUAGUGUCUGCAUCCUGGAUCAUGAACGCCCUCCACUCUCUCCUACACACGCUCCUUAUGAACAGCCUGUCCUUCUGUGAAGACCACAAGAUCCCACACUUCUUCUGUGACAUCAACCCCCUUCUGAGUCUGUCCUGCGCAGACCCCUUCAUCAAUGAGCUGUUGAUCUUCACCACUGGGGGUCUUGCAGGCCUAGUUUGUGUGCUUUGCCUGAUUAUCUUUUAUGCAUACAUUUUCUUGACAAUCCUAAAGAUCCCCUCAGCUCAGGGAAAGCGGAAAGCCUUUUCCACCUGCAGCUCUCAUCUCUCUGUGGUCUCUCUAUUCUUUGGAACUUCUUUUUGUGUUUAUUUCAGUCCACCCUCCACCCGCUCAGCACAGAUGGACACAGUUGCAUCAGUGAUGUACACAGUGGUAACCCCGAUGCUAAAUCCUUUUAUCUAUAGUUUGAGGAAUAGAGACAUCAAGUCUUCCCUGACAAAGCUAAUUUGGGUUAGGAAAAUUCAUUUGUAUUAGUGGUAGUGACUUCACAUCCA